UAUACACAGCCUCACCUAUCUCAAAAUCCUCCACAUUUCACAUUUUCCAACCAUGGCGUACAAACCUAUUCCACUCUGCCUGCUUCUACCUUUACUCCAUUUUACAGCUCAUGGCGUGGACAUGGCAGAAAAGGACUCUGCAAACCCCCAGCUUAAUGUCAAUGAACCCUCUGGACCACUGGGUGUGACCAUUUUUGGUCCUAAUGCAGUGACUGUUGGAGUCCCAUGUAGCUAUGUAUGUAUUGCUGAUUGCUCACCUAGCUGCAAUUACACAAUUGGUGUUGAUGACCAGACUGGAGCUGGCAACGAGAUACAAUUUACCUUAAAUCAGUGGGUGAAGUCCAAAAAGGUGACCUGUACUGCAACAAACAUAGUCACCGGAAAAUCCGCCACAACCAGGAAAACCCUGCACAUUUUCGAGGGGCCUGUAAAUGUCAUAAUCAAUGGGCCACAGACUUUGACCCCAGGUGAAGAUCAGCGUUUUCUGUGCAGUGCGACCUGUAUACCCUCCUGCACUUACACCUGGGUUGUUGAUGGAGAUCCAGUUUCUGGCUCUGGGGAUGAAGUAGUAAUUAAGGCACCUCCAGAGGCCAUUUCAGGAAAAAUCGUCUGCAAGGCCACAAACAGUGCGUCUGGUUUGUUCGCAGCAGCGGUCAGAAAACUAAAUGUUACACAAAGCUAUCCGUCCUCAGCUGACAGAGUGGAGUUGCUGCCAACACUGGUGUUUGCAAGCAUUAUACAGUUUGGUAUAAUGGUUAGAUUAUGACCAAGUAGAAGACAUCACUGUUUAUGGGAAGAGAAUUGUGUUUUAAA